AGUACCUGGCUCAAAGCCAGGGACUGACGGGAACCCUAACAGUGCCGGUGCCAUACGCAGGCCAAAGAAGGGCGCUGCAAUGGCACAGGACAAUCAAGAGAUGAGCGACAUCGCCAUGCCUGUCAAGCGGGCGCACAAAGUCCUGAGAAGUGUCGCCAUCUCCAACUCCACCCGCAUGGUGGAGAGACAUGCACUCAAGGAGGUGAUUGAAGACACCAACCGCCGAUUCUGGGGCUGUGUGAUGCUACCGAUUACGUUGGCCUUCUUCGCCUUCUAUUCCUUGUCCUCCAUUUUGCACGAGGACGUGCCCUCGAAGCACAUCACCGAGUUUCCUGUGCGGAACGUGCUGAACCCCGUGCUGGGUGAAGAUGAUGAUCCCACUUCGGAGAUGCUAGACGGAUUGACCACUAGCACUGAUGUGUGGAACUACCUCGAGCAGGUCUUUAUCCCCUUCUUCCUGAGGGAUCUCGAUGUUUAUGGGCGCCCUCUUCCCGAGGAGAAGCGAGGGACUUUCCUCCAGUACAACCAGGUGCUGGGCGGGAUCAUCAUGACCCUAGAAAGGGGCUACGUGCAGCCCUGUGAGGACCCGUUAGUGGCGCACCUCACGUGUUUCCCACAAGACAAGAUCAAUUCUGAUCAGUUCGGCGGCAACAUCUCCCAGUUGUUUGAGCCGGGGAAGAACGCCUCCUACUGGUACGGCACGCCUGACUCGCUACUCGAUUGCGCCAAUGAAGGCUUCCAGAUCCCAGAGUUGCAUGGUGCCUGUGGCAACAUCUCCAACACCACCGACAGGCCCAAGCGUUCCAUCAACAUUUGGACCUUGGAUCGACGAUUAGCACCCUUGGGGCAGGAGCUGACUGGAGUGAUGCCUGCCAAGCAAGAUGCCUUCGCAAAGAUCUUGGAGGGAGAGAAGGGCUUCAAGUUCACACUGCGAGCUCGAGAUCCGUUGGAUAAGAAUGUGAAGCGCUUCCAGUACCUGAAGGACCGAGGAUGGAUCGAUGAGCAGGCUCUGUCGUUGGAAGCCAAGGUGGUGGCCUACAACUAUCAGCUGGAUAUCCCGCGCUUGCUGAAAGUGCAGUUCAACUUUUACUUCAGUCGUGGUGGUGGCAUCUACACCACACAGAAGAUUGAGGUGGCGACCUUAAAGACUUGGCCCAGACACAACCGAGCAUUGCUCCUCUUCGUGGAUUGCGUCUUCUUCUUGAUGUGCUUAGCAUCCUCGGCCUUCAUGGCCCGGGAGUUUCAGAAGGAUCUGAAGGCAGGGAAAUGCUUUGGACACUUCAACAUCAUCAACACCAUUACCUGGCUGAGUUGUCUUUUUGGAUGGGCUCACCUUGGAAUGCUCUUUGGUUUGGAAGUCUAUCGAAAAAUGGUCAUGGCCAGCAUCGAGGACUACUUCGAUUUCCCGGACACCUUCAGCACGCUGGAAGUGAUGCGGCUGUCAGACUCCAUGGCGGAGUUCUCGUCCUACCAGAGGAUCUUCAUCUCCUAUGCGCACAUCCUAUUCAUGGCCAGAUGCUUCUUGUCACUGCAGUGGCAGCCACGCUUGGCGAUUAUCACUUCCACCUUGCAGGUCUCAACGGUGGACCUGCUGCACUUCUUGAUUGUGCUCAUCCCCACCUGGUUUGGCUUCGCCUUUGCUGGCAUGAUCAUGUUCGGGCGACGGAUGCAGGCCUUCUCCACUCCCUUGACGGGAUUUGCGAUGUGCCUACAACUGGCCAUGGAGGGUGAAUACGACUGGCAAGGGAUGUCCUCAGAGGACUGGUUUAUCACUUUGCUGUGGGUCUGGAUCUACAUGGUUCUUCUGGUCAUGGUCAUGUUGAACAUGGUCCUCGCCAUCAUCAUGGACGUCUAUGCUGAGGUUCGACGAGAACAGGGCGAGACCAUGUCCAUGUUCGAGCACUGCACAUACCUUUGCAAGAGAGCCUACUACUUCAAGACUUGGGUGCCUGACCGUGAACUGUGGGAACGUGUCAUUGAGAUGCCAGAGACUGUGACGGUGGAUGACAUCUUAGAGGCAUACCCCGACAUGCCGCAAUUCCAGCUGAACUUCCUCUGCAACGGCGCUCGAAACCGCACCAGAGUGAUUCAGCGGAAGGGCAUCGACCCCACCUGGACUGUGCAGAUGGUGGCGGCCAUCCAUAUCAGUCUCGACGAGAUCAUGACGGACCUCAACAAGCUCAAGAAGCGCGGCUGGAUGGGCAAAGGCUUCGAGGUGCCGAAUGACGAGGAUCGGAACUGCAUCAAGGAAAUCUUGGCGGGUGUGGCGGUGCAAGGCAACUGGAUGUUGAACGCACAAAAGCACGUGUCGUGGCUCCAGGAUCAGAUCGGCGUCGACGCCCCGGAGGAGUGGAAACCCUCCGGACCGGUGGAGGUCCCGGCGCCCAAAGCCCGACAAGGUAACGACUGAGACUCCUCGGCCUGCAGGCCGAACGUCACUGACUUGCCAAGCGUUAAUCGCAUCCCAUGAGAGAAGUCAAAAACUAUGAAAAGCUUUUGCAACUGUGAGCUGUCAUAUCGACUGAUUCGAUCAAGAUACUGUUUACAUGGACGGAUCUGGAACUGGUGUGGAGGAAGAUGAGAGUGAGC